GCAGCCCUCCGCCCCAGCCCCCCGGCCGCGGGGCGGACAUGGCCGCGCACAAGCCGGUGGAAUGGGUCCAGGCCGUGGUGAACCGCUUCGAUGAGCAGCUUCCGAUUAAAGCUGGACAGCAGACGACACACACCAGAGUCAGCACUGAACACAACAAGGAGUGUCUCAUCAACAUUUCCAAAUACAAGUUUUCUCUGGUUAUAAGUGGCCUCACCAAUAUUCUAAAAAAUGUUAACAAUAUGAGAAUAUUUGGAGAAGCUGCUGAAAAGAAUUUAUAUCUCUCUCAGUUAAUUAUUUUGGAUACACUGGAAAAAUGUCUGGCUGGGGUAAGUGAUUUGCAGCCAAAGGACACAAUGAGGUUAGAUGAAACGAUGUUGGUCAAGCAGCUGCUGCCAGAAAUUUGCCAUUUCAUUCACACCUAUCGGGAAGGGAACCAGCACGCUGCUGAACUUCGGAGCUCCGCCUCAGGGGUCCUCUUCUCCCUCAGCUGUAAUAACUUCAACGCUGUCUUCAGUCGUAUUUCUACCAGGUUACAGGAGUUGACUGUUUGUUCAGAAGAUAAUGUCGAUGUCCACGAUAUAGAAUUGUUACAAUAUAUCAAUGUGGAUUGUGCAAAACUAAAGCGGCUAUUGCAGGAAACUGUAUUUAAGUUUAAAGCCUUAAAGAAGGUAGCUCAGCUAGCAGUUAUAAAUAGCCUAGAAAAGGCAUUUUGGAAUUGGGUAGAGAACUAUCCUGAUGAAUUUACAAAGCUGUACCAGACACCCCAGACAGACAUGGCUGAAUGUGCAGAAAAAUUAUUUGACUUGGUGGAUGGUUUUGCUGAAAGCACCAAACGUAAAGCUGCAGUUUGGCCACUGCAAAUCAUUCUUCUUGUCUUGUGUCCAGAAAUAAUCCAGGACAUUUCCAAGGAUGUGGUUGAUGAAGCGAAAAUGAAUAAGAAAAUGUUUCUCGACAAUCUCAGAAGAGCACUGGCCGGCCAUGGCGGGAGCAGGCAGCUGACAGAGAGCGCCGCGAUUGCUUGUGUCAAACUGUGCAAAGCCAGCACGUACAUCAACUGGGAGGAUAACUCGGUCAUUUUCCUGCUCGUCCAGUCCAUGGUGGUGGAUCUGAAGAACUUGCUUUUUAAUCCCAGUAAGCCCUUCUCCAGAGGCAGCCAGAAUGCCGAUGUAGACCUCAUGAUCGACUGCCUUGUGUCUUGCUUUCGCAUAAGUCCUCACAACAACCAACAUUUUAAGAUCUGUUUGGCCCAGAACUCCCCAUCCACAUUUCAUUAUGUGCUGGUAAACUCCCUCCAUCGAAUUAUCACCAAUAGCACUUUCAAGCAUGGACUUGGCACUGCUUCUGCCCUGGAUUGGUGGCCCAAGAUUGAUGCCGUGUAUUGCCAUUCUGUUGAACUCCGAAACAUGUUUGGUGAAACGCUUCAUAAGGCCGUGCAGGGCUGUGGGGCUCAUGCCGCGAUACGAAUGGCGCCGAUGCCAGCCAGUCACUGUUUUGCGUGGCAGUGGGCUUCUGUGGCUAGUCUUACAUUUAAAGAAAAAAUGACAAGCCUUAAAUUUAAAGAAAAACCUACGGACUUGGAAACAAGAAGUUAUAAAUACCUCCUCUUAUCCAUGGUGAAACUAAUCCAUGCAGAUCCAAAGCUGUUGCUAUGUAAUCCCAGAAAACAAGGGCCUGAAACUCAGGGGAGUACGGCCGAGUUAAUCACAGGCCUUGUGCAGCUCGUCCCACAGUCCAGCAUGCCAGAGAUAGCCCAAGAAGCCAUGGAGGCUUUGCUGGUUCUUCAUCAGUUGGAUAGCAUUGACUUAUGGAAUCCAGAUUCACCAAUAGAAACAUUCUGGGAGAUUAGCUCACAAAUGCUUUUUUAUAUCUGUAAAAAGCUAACUACCCAUCAGAUGCUUAGCAGUACAGAAAUCCUCAAAUGGUUGCGGGAAAUUUUGAUCUGUAGGAACAAAUAUCUUCUUAAAAAUAAGCAGUCAGAUAGGAGUUCUUCCCAUUUUCUCUACCUUUAUGGGGUAGGGUAUGAUGUCUCUUCUGGUGGAGGAGCCAGUCAUAUCCCUCUAGACCAUGAAGAGUUCAUACGUACCUGUGCUCAAGGACCAUCUCUCAGGAAAGUAAAAGGAAACUCCUCAAUGGACAUUGCAAUAGGGUCCAGUGGGACGCCGAUUUGCCGCCAGGCCCAGACCAAGCUUGAGGUCGCUUUGUACAUGUUUCUGUGGAGCCCUGACAUUGAAGCUGUGCUCGUGGCCAUGUCCUGCUUUCGACACCUCUGUGAGGAAGCCGACAUCAGGUGUGGCAUAGAUGAGAUCUCGGUGCACCAUUUCUUGCCCAACUAUAACACCUUCAUGGAGUUUGCGUCUGUCAGCAACAUGAUGUCAACAGGAAGAGCGGCUCUGCAGAAAAGAGUGAUGGCAUUGUUAAGGCGCAUCGAACAUCCAACUGCAGGCAACACCGAGGCCUGGGAGGAUACAUACACGAAAUGGGAACAAGCUACAAAAUUAAUCCUCAAUUAUCCAAAAGCUAAAAUUGAAGAAGGCCAGGUUGCAGAAAGUCUUCAUAAGACUAUCGUGAAGAGGAGAAUGUCUCACGUGAGUGGAGGGGGCUCCAUAGACUUGUGUGACACAGACUCGCUCCAAGAGUGGAUCAACAUGACUGGCUUUCUUUGUGCCCUUGGCGGGGUGUGCCUGCAGCACCGAAGCAGUGCCGGCUUUGCCACCUACAGCCCUCCCAUGGGCCCCAUCAGUGAGCGCAAGGGCUCUCUCAUUUCCGUGGCGUCCGCCGAAGGAAACGCGGAGACUCCGGUCAGCAAGUUCAUGGAUCGGCUGCUGUCCUUGAUGGUGUGUAACCACGAGAAGGUGGGGCUGCAGAUACGGAGCAACGUCAAGGACUUACUGGGCCUCGAACUGAGUCCUGCCCUUUACCCAAUGCUGUUUAACAAACUAAAAAACACCAUCAGCAAGUUCUUUGAUCCCCAAGGACAGGUUUUACUGACUGACACCAAUACCCAGUUUGUGGAACAGACCAUAGCCAUAAUGAAGAACUUGCUCGAUAAUCACGCUGAGGGCAGUUCUGAACACAUGGGACAAGCGAGCAUCGAAACGAUGAUGCUAAAUCUGGUCAGAUAUGUCAGAGUGUUUGGGAAUUUGGUCCAGGCAAUUCAGAUCAAAACGAAGCUCUGCCAGCUGGUUCAAGUGAUGAUGGAGAGGAGAGAUGACCUUUCAUUUUGCCAGGAGAUGAAAUUUAGGAAUAAAAUGGUAGAAUAUCUGACAGAUUGGGUCAUGGGAACGUCUAACCAAGCAGCAGAUGAAGAUGUGAAAUGUCUAACUAGAGAUUUGGACCAGGCAAGCAUGGAAGCAGUGGUGUCACUCCUCGCUGGGCUCCCUCUACAGCCUGAGGAAGGAGAUGGGGUAGAAUUGAUGGAAGCCAAGUCCCAGCUGUUUCUUAAGUAUUUUACACUAUUUAUGAACCUUCUUAAUGACUGCAGUGAGGUAGAAGAAGAGAAUGCCCAGAUCGGGGGCCGGAAGCGAGGCAUGUCCCGCAGGCUGGCCUCCCUGAGGCACUGCACUGUGCUUGCAAUGUCCAACUUGCUCAAUGCCAACGUAGACAGUGGCCUUAUGCACUCUAUAGUGCUAGGAUUGGGUUACCACAAAGAUCUUCAGACAAGAGCCACGUUCAUGGAAGUCCUCACCAAAAUUCUUCAGCAAGGCACAGAGUUUGACACACUUGCAGAGACCGUGUUAGCCGAUCGAUUUGAAAGACUUGUUGAGUUGGUGACGAUGAUGGGUGAUCAAGGAGAGCUUCCCAUAGCCAUGGCCCUGGCCAACGUGGUGCCUUGUUCUCAGUGGGAUGAGCUUGCUCGCGUCCUUGUUACUCUCUUUGAUUCCCGCCACUUGCUCUACCAGCUGCUCUGGAACAUGUUUUCCAAGGAAGUUGAGCUGGCAGACUCUAUGCAGACACUGUUUAGAGGGAACAGCUUGGCCAGUAAAAUCAUGACCUUCUGUUUUAAGGUCUACGGUGCUACCUACCUGCAGAAGCUGCUGGAGCCUCUCCUGCGAGUCGUGAUCACCUUCCCUGAGUGGCAGCAUGUCAGCUUUGAGGUCGACCCCACCAGGUUGGAGCACACUGAGAGCCUUGAGGAAAACCAGAGAAAUCUCCUGCAAAUGACUGAGAAGUUCUUCCACGCCAUCAUCAGUUCUUCCUCUGAGUUCCCCCCUCAGCUGCGCAGUGUCUGCCACUGCUUGUACCAGGCAACUUGCCACUCUCUACUGAAUAAAGCUACCGUAAAAGAAAAAAAGGAAAACAAAAAAUCAGUUGUUAGCCAGAGAUUCCCUCAGAACAGCAUUGGCGCCGUGGGGAGUGCCAUGUUCCUGAGAUUCAUCAACCCUGCCGUUGUCUCUCCCUACGAGGCAGGGAUUUUAGAGAGAAAGCCGCUCCCUAGAAUUGAAAGGGGAUUGAAGCUGAUGUCAAAGAUCCUUCAGAGCAUCGCCAAUCACGUCCUCUUCACAAAAGAAGAGUAUAUGAGGCCUUUUAACGAUUUUGUGAAAAGCAACUUCGAUGUAGCUCGGAGAUUUUUCCUUGAUAUUGCAUCUGAUUCCCCUGUAAGUGAUGCCAUAAACCACAGCCUUUCCUUCAUCAGCGAUGGCAAUGUCCUGGCUUUGCACCGUCUGCUCUGGAACAACCAAGAGAAAAUUGGCCAAUACCUUUCAAGCAACAGAGAUCACAAAGCUGUUGGAAGGCGACCUUUCGAUAAGAUGGCCACACUCCUUGCCUACCUGGGCCCCCCAGAGCACAAGCCUGUGGCCGACACACACUGGUCCAGCCUGAAUCUUACCAGUUCUAAGUUUGAGGAGUUUAUGACGAGGCACCAGGUACAUGAAAAAGAGGAGUUCAAGGCUUUGAAAACAUUAAAUAUCUUCUAUCAAGCAGGCACUUCCAAGGCCGGAAAUCCUGUCUUUUAUUAUGUCACACGAAGGUUCAAGACUGGUCAGAUCAAUGGGGAUUUACUGAUCUACCACGUCUUACUCACUUUAAAGCCAUAUUAUGCGAAGCCAUACGAGAUCGUCAUGGACCUCACUCAUGCUGGGCCUAGCAAUCGCUUUAAGACAGACUUCCUCUCCAAGUGGUUCGUUGUUUUCCCGGGCUUUGCUUAUGAGAAUGUCUCUUCGGUCUACAUCUACAACUGUAACUCUUGGGUUAGGGAGUACACCAAGUACCACGAGAGGCUGCUCACGGGACUCAAAGGCAGCAAAAGACUCUUUUUCAUUGACUCUCCUGCAAAACUGGCUGAACACAUCGAUUAUGAUCAGCAGAAACUGCCUGCCGCCACCUUGGCUCUGGACGAAGAUCUCAAGGUUUACAACAGUGCUCUCAAGCUGGCUCACAAGGACACCAAGGUGACCCUCAAAGUUGGUUCUACCGCGAUUCAGGUGACAUCAUCUGAGCGAACUAAAGUCCUGGGGCAGACGGUUUUUCUGAAUGAUAUUUACUACGCCUCUGAGAUUGAAGAGAUCUGUCUCGUGGAUGAAAACCAGUUCACUUUGACCAUUUCCAAUCAGGGCACUCCCCUCACCUUCAUGCAUCAGGAGUGUGAAGGCAUUGUUGCGUCCAUCAUUCACAUCCGGACUAGAUGGGAACUGUCACAGCCAGAUUCCAUCCCCCAACACACAAAGAUCCGGCCAAAGGAUGUUCCCGGAACACUUCUGAAUAUUGCAUUACUUAACUUGGGUAGCUCGGACCCUAGUUUACGGUCAGCCGCCUAUAAUCUUCUCUGUGCCUUAACCUGUACCUUUAAUUUAAAAAUUGAGGGCCAAUUACUAGAAACUUCAGGUCUGUGUAUACCUGCCAACAAUACCCUUUUUAUUGUCUCUAUUAGUAAAACCCUGGCAGCUAAUGAGCCACACCUCACCUUAGAAUUUUUGGAAGAGUGCAUUUCCGGAUUUAGCAAAUCUAGUAUUGAACUGAAGCACCUCUGUCUAGAAUACAUGACUCCCUGGCUAUCAAAUCUAGUCCGUUUCUGUAAACACAAUGAUGAUGCCAAACGACAGAGAGUCACUGCUAUUCUUGAUAAACUUAUAACAAUGACCAUAAAUGAAAAGCAGAUGUACCCAUCUAUCCAAGCCAAGAUAUGGGGGAGCCUCGGGCAGAUUACAGAUCUGCUCGAUGUAGUGCUGGACAGCUUCAUCAAAACAAGCGCCACAGGUGGUUUGGGAUCCAUCAAGGCUGAAGUGAUGGCCGAUACAGCCGUGGCGCUCGCUUCUGGGAAUGUGAAGCUGGUAUCGAGCAAGGUGAUUGGAAGAAUGUGUAAAAUCAUUGACAAGACCUGCCUCUCUCCAACUCCUACCUUAGAACAACACCUCAUGUGGGAUGACAUCGCCAUUUUAGCACGCUACAUGCUAAUGCUGUCCUUCAAUAACUCUCUGGACGUGGCGGCUCAUCUCCCCUACCUCUUCCAUGUGGUGACUUUAUUGGUGGCCACGGGUCCCUUGUCCCUUCGUGCUUCCACACACGGACUGGUCAUCAAUAUCAUCCAUUCUCUGUGCACCUGUUCACAACUUCAUUUUAGUGAAGAGACCAAACAAGUUUUACGACUGAGUCUGACUGAGUUCUCACUACCUAAGUUUUAUUUGCUCUUUGGCAUCAGCAAAGUCAAAUCAGCUGCUGUGAUAGCCUUCCGGUCCAGUUACCGGGACAGGUCUUUCUCCCCUGGCUCCUAUGAGAGGGAGACCUUUGCCCUGGCGUCCCUCGAGACGGUCACAGAAGCUCUCUUGGAGAUCAUGGAGGCUUGUAUGAGAGAUAUUCCUGCGUGCAAGUGGCUGGACCAGUGGACAGAGCUGGCGCAGAGGUUUGCAUUCCAGUAUAAUCCAUCCCUGCAGCCAAGAGCCUUGGUUGUUUUCGGCUGUAUCAGCAAGAGAGUGUCCCACGGGCAGAUCAAACAGAUUAUCCGCAUUCUUAGCAAGGGACUUGAGAGCUGCCUGAAAGGACCCGAUAAUUACAACAGUCAAGUUCUGAUUGAAGCGACCGUAAUAGCGCUAACCAAGUUACAGCCACUUCUGAAUAAGCAGGAGUCCCCUCUGCACCGAGCUCUCUUCUGGGUCGCUGUCGCUGUGCUACAGCUGGACGAGGUGGAUCUGUACUCGGCCGGCACCGCCCUCCUGGAGCAGAACCUGCACACCUUAGACACUCUGCUGCACGCGUUCAAUGACCAGAGCCCAGAAGAAGUGUUUAUGGAGAUCCGGAAGCCCCUGGAGUGGCACUGCAAGCAAAUGGACCAUUUUGUGGGGCUUAACUUUAACUCCAGCUUUAACUUUGCCCUGGUCGGGCACCUCCUGAAGGGAUUUCGGCACCCUUCACCUGUUAUUGUUGCAAGAACCGUGAGGAUCUUACACACCCUGCUCGCCCUGGUUAACAAACACAGGAAUUGUGACAAGUUUGAGGUGAAUACCCAGAGCGUGGCUUACUUAGCAGCUUUACUUACUGUGUCUGAGGAGGUUCGAAGUCGCUGCAGCUUAAAACAUAGAAAGUCCCUCCUGCUGACUGAUAUCACAAUGGACAAUGUGCCUAUGGAAACCUAUUCCUUCUAUCACAGUGACCCCAGCCUUAGGACACUAAGGGAAACACAGCCCUGGACCUCCCCAAAGGGCUCUGAGAGACACCUUGCAGCCAGCUCCCCUCCUGUGGGCCAAACCAGCCCCCGAACCAGAAAAUCCAUGAGCCUGGACAUGGGGCAGCCUUCUCAGGCCAACACAAAGAAGCUGCUUGGGACAAGGAAAAGUUUUGAUCAUUUGAUAUCUGAUGCCAAAGCUCCUAAGAGGCAAGAACUGGAGUCUGGAGUCACCACACCCCCCAAAAUGCGGAGAGUCGCAGAGAACGACUAUGAGAUGGAGACCCAGAGGAUCUCACCACAGCCACACCCACCGCUACGGAAGGUGUCUGUAUCCGAAUCCAAUGUCCUCCUGGAUGAGGAAGUACUCACGGAUACCAAAACCCAGGCUCUUCUUCUCACUGUGCUGGCUACUCUGGUCAAGUACACGGCGGAUGAGUUUGACCAGCGCAUUCUCUAUGAGUACUUAGCAGAGGCCAGUGUUGUCUUCCCAAAGGUUUUCCCAGUUGUACAUAAUUUGUUGGACUCAAAGAUAAAUACCCUGCUGUCGUUAUGCCAAGAUCCAAAUUUAUUAAAUCCAGUCCACGGGAUUGUGCAGAGCGUGGUCUAUCACGAAGAGGCCCCUCCACAGUACCAGACAGCAUACCUACAGAGUUUCGGUUUUAAUGGUCUGUGGAGGUUUGCAGGACCAUUUUCAAAGCAGACCCAGAUCCCAGACUACGCCGAGCUCAUCGUGAAGUUUCUCGAUGCCUUGAUUGACACAUAUCUGCCUGGAAUUGAUGAAGAAGCCAGUGAGGAGUGUCUCCUGACCCCCACCUCUCCCUACCCUCCUGCACUGCAGAGCCAACUUAGUAUUACUGCUAAUCUCAACCUUUCUAACUCCAUGACCUCACUGGCAACUUCCCAGCAUUCCCCAGGCAUCGACAAGGAAAACGUGGAACUCUCACCGACCACGGGGCACUCCAGCAGUGGCAGGACCCGCCACGGCUCUGCCAGCCAAGUCCAGAAGCAGAGGAGUGCUGGCAGCUUCAAACGGCACAGCAUUAAGAAGAUCGUGUGAAGCCUUCUUUUUCCUUUUGAAAAAAUAAAACCAACCAACGCCGCUGCCACGGCCCCCCACACCUGACUCGCCAUCAGCUGCCACCCUCCCAUACUGACCGUCAGCCACCACUGCCCCACCCCAGACUGACCAUCGACCCCCCCCACACACACACAUAUACACACAUACAUACACACACACACACACACACACACACACACACACACACACACACACACACCCUGAGCCACCGGGCUCCCACACCCUUCCCUGCCCCUGCUGUGAUGCUGCACUUGUCUCAUCUCUCCAUCCCAUUCUCCAUGUGGCCAGAUGAUCAAUUUUUGAAACAGUCACUGAGCUCAAUGCUGCCUUUUCUUUUCUUUCUGUUUUGUUUCUCCCCCCCCCCCCACUUUGGGCGGGUCUUGGUGGGUUUGAGUCAGUGUUUCCAAAUUUCAGUCUGGGAAGUUGGGGACGGGACCCUCCCUGCGGGGAGACUAGCAUCUCAGUCCCUCCAUUCAAGCCGCUGUGUCCAGCAGUUCUGCCUUGCUCUUCUGGUAUGUCUUACAGAGUGAAGGGUUAGGGACACUCUUCGUAAGGGAAAAAUGACAUCUGUAACCCCUUCGAUCUAAUUUCCAGCUGCAGACUUUUUGUAACAAUAAAAAGCUGGAGGAAUCCUAGGCUGAGAGCUAGCUUCAGUGACUACCCACUGGGAGCCAGAAUUUUACAAGGUACUUUGUGGAGAUGUCACAAUUCGUAGAACGUUGGUGAGAAAUUAACACUUGGAGCUUUAGCAAUAAUUACAGGGGUGAAGCAUGAGGUGGGUCUCUAAUCUUUACCAAAACUGCAGCUCUGACGCUUGAGAUCCCAGCUGGGUGACGUCCCAGCUGUCCAGACAAGUUAACUUUUCCUCCAAAUGUUUCUUUUCUAAAUCAUGGAUAUACUAAAAGCCCAGCUUGUGAGCACUGAUGAUUCAUCACCUGGUGGGGAGUACUCUUUUCCUUUCUUCCCUUUGCUCUCAAAAUAACUUCAGGCCAGGUGACUGGGGAUCAAGGGAGCCAGUGUGGCCAGAGAGGUCAUUUUUAUAGGCCUGCGGUUUGGCCAGGGGUUACUGAAGCCUAGACACAUUUAGUUCCCUUGAGUCAAAUGAAACGGUACUUAAUUUUUGAAGUAGCUAGCUCUCUUUCGUUUUAUUUUGUCGAAUACAAAUUCCUGGUAGCUGCCUAUUAUCAGACAUUUUCACAGUUAAGAUGUGUUGCCGAAUUUGUUGGACCUUAAAAAAAAAAAUCAUAAUAAGUCAAACACUUGGGUUUUAUAAGAUAAAAUUGUAUUUAAUCACUGUGAAAAGACUAGCAACCCUUCAGUAAAGUAACCAAUGGGGAAACUGCGAGAUGCUGCUAUACUGGGCCAACAGGUUUGGUUGAAGCGUCAACAUUUUGGGCGUGAUACAGGUAAUGACCACCUGGAGGCGCCAGCCGGACAGAUGGAGAGUCCUUGGAGCUCAGUGGGCAGGAAUCCGGAUAUGUAUCCUUAGGGUAAACUGAAUACUGCAAAAGAUAGAUGCGAAUUCCCAGCCCCUGCUCCCAUUCAAUUCCAGGUUAAGCAGUUGUCCGAAACUUGAAGAAAACUAGUGGCAGGGGAAGGGAGAGGACACAGGUGUUUCCUGUAAUACUGUUUCAUAAACUAAAUUCCACAGCUAAAUUCAUAAAGAAUGGUACAAUUCAAUGUUCAGAUUUUAAUAAUAUACACAUAAUCCACAUUUAUUCACACAGUAACAAUGUAAUAUGUUCAUGUAAAUAAAUUGCCUUUUGUUAUAUUCAGAAAUAACUUAAUUUUUUAAAUUUGUUUACAGUCCUGGGGAAAAAAAAGAUGAACACAAACUUCAUAUGCAAAUGGUUUGCCAAAAUUUAAAAACAAACAAAAAAAAAACACCUUAGUAUUAAUCAUUUUCUUGACAUAGGUUUCUUGGGAAAAGUUGAAGACGUGUGCAAUUAACCAAACUUUAAAAAAAAAUCUUGAUUCUCUAAAUGCUGCAGUAGCGUUGUCAUGUUCCCCGUGCUCCUGAGCCCGUGAGGAUGCUACAAGAACAGAACUGACCUUAGAAAUAGAGCAGUAACCUGUGCCAAGGACCAACAUUGCCAUCAGUUUGUAGUCUUGGUUCUCUCCAACCCCAUCCUCAGAUCCAAUGGCUCUGGUUAAGUACUUGUCUGAUUCUUGGCUUUUGGAAUAUCAGUCAUCGUGAGCCUUCAUCAUUUGGAUUCCAUCUUUUUUUCUUUUGAAUCCUUUUGUUUGUUUGAUGAAUACAGUGAUGGGAAUUAGGGUGUUUGCUUUGUUAACCACUUCCUUUGAAAUAGAAAAACUGAACCAUUUCUUAAGGUCAUUUUUUUUUAACUACUGAAAAUGAUGACUUUCAAACCAUUCAACUUUUCCAUGAGCAGUUUUCCCAAGGCAUGAAGAAACCAAGCCCCUGGCCUUCCAGUGGGCUUCAUUUGGAUUGAUUACCUCAUGUGAUGAUCAGCGUGGCACAAAUCAGAAUUGUUUGCCCUCACUUGAAAAAAUAGAAAGUCCACCUUCCCGACCUACUAGCAUAUCCUGGGAAAUUUCAACCAUGGAGGUUGGAAAUGGCCAUUCUUGGCAAAUCUUCACUUUUUUAGAAUACUUGAGCUUUUGAACCGAGCAAACAGGAAUGGUCCAUAAUUUUAUCUCACCCCAAUCACCUUCCCUCCACAAUUUGGGCGACAUUUUUGUACCAGACACUAGGAUCUGAAGAUCUCGAUGUCAGAGCAUGUUACCCAUCAUGUAUCAUUUGUGGGGUUUUUUCCUGGCUUUUUUUUUUUUAAGAGGGGGAAAAAAGACAAGUAAAAUCAGUCAUUUCAGUCAUACAUAAUCUGUCUCUCAAACCAAUGGCUCAGUUCUCGUGUGCAUGCUCUCGUUUUCCAUAAAUGAAAAAAUAUUUCACUUGGUUUAGGGACUGAGCUUCUGUGAAUUCCCACCAGGGCUCUAUUCCUAACUGAUAUGUAGGUUUUAGGGCUUUUCUGUUUUUAUUCUAGAAUUUUGUUUUUUGUUUUUUGUUUUUUAACUCUUCACCCCAUCCACCCCCAAUGUAAUGAAGCAUGUCUUAUUCAAUGUUAUGCAACAGACUUACCACCAAAAAGUCACUCUUAGUGUCAGCCACAACAUUUUUUUUAAUGCAGUAUAUUCACCUGUAAAUAGUUUUUGUGUAAAAUUUGACAGAAAAGUAUAUUUACUACCCUGUAAAUACAUGUGACAAUAUAUUGUAUUAUUUUGCUUUUUUUGUAAAGCAGUUAGUUGCUGUACAUGGAUAACACCCCAAUUUGAUUAUACUUGUGUCAGUAUCGUUAACUCCUUGCAAUCUGCAAUCACAUUACGUCAUUUAAAAGCAGACGCUGUGCGCUGUAAGAUCACAUUGUUGUUUGAUAACUUCCCCUUCUUUCCAUUGGGGCCUAAAUUCUGACAAUGUUUCCUUAUCUACAAUCCCGGUAAUAACUGCAAGUGAGUCCACAUCGGCAGGAAAACCACUGCUGAAACACAGUUGAGAAUUUUAGGUAAAAUUGUAGAAAGCAGUUUCAGAUCAUUGUUGUUCUCAACCCCCAUUUUCCUCCUCAUGUAUGUACUACCCCCCCCCCUUUUUUGAAGUAAAAUGUAAAUUCAACCUG